AUGGAGUUUGAGGUCUCCGUGGAAAAUGAGCAGCAAUUCUGGGCCAACAUCCAAGAGAUUGUUUCCACCCCUUGCUCCUCGGAAGACUUAAUUGAUAAUGCGUUACGGGCGUAUUUGAGUUUUGCUACUAAUUAUAAAGAGCAAUACCUCCAGUCCGAGUUAGAGGUGACGAGAUGUUCGUUCAAAUUGAUCUCGUCGACGAUCUUCGUCGCCCAUACCGAUUAUGUCCGGCGACAAAUGAUCUACGGUCUAUUGCAGGAAGAUGAUUUCGUGACCCUCCAGUUGAUUGCGUCCUGCCUCCUGUUCGAUGGCCGGCAGCAUGAGGUUUUGUUUCAUAUGAUGAACGAGGAGGGUGUGUUUCCGCGGUUGCUGGAGCUGCUACAUAUACAGACAAGGGAGGGGGAUGACAACACGGCCGGGUUACGUCGACUUUUGAUGGAUCUGCUGUAUGAGAUGUCGAGGGUACAGAAAGUCAAGAUUGAAGAUCUGGGUGAGUCGCGUCCUUGUGCCGGUGGCGUUCUCGUGGACGAUGAUUUCAUCAGAGGGCUUUUUGAUAUUAUCGAGGACCUUUCAUUUGAUGCUAACGAUCCGUAUCAUUAUCCCGUGAUUCGCGUGCUGUUGGUUUUGAAUGAACAAUUUAUGAUAUCUGCCCAUACCCCCGAGGACGGCCAAUCGCCUGCGAAUUCGUUGACAAAUAAGGUCAUCAAAAUAUUGUCGAUGCAUGGAAAUCUAUACAAAACUUUUGGAGAAAAUAUUAUCCUCCUUAUUAAUAGAGAAGCGGAAACGUCGUUGCAGCUUCUCACCUUGAAACUCUUAUAUCUGAUUUUCACGACCCCUAGCACCUAUGAAUACUUUUUCACCAAUGAUCUUCAUGUCCUGGUGGAUAUCCUAAUUCGAAAUCUCCUCGACUUGCCCGAGGAGGCUUCCGCUCUUCGACACACCUAUCUUCGGGUGCUGUACCCGUUACUUGCACACACACAGCUCAAGUCGCCGCCGCAUUACAAGCGAGCGGAGCUGAGGCGGAUGCUGACGCUUCUUGUCCGCGGCCAGCUCUCCGGGAACGGCGAAGCAGACGGUGAGAAGAUUAUGCAUUUUGACGAAGUUGAUGAGACGACAAGACGACUGGUUUUACGAUGCGCUUCCGUCGACUGGCUACGCGAUGAACCACAGGAACCGUGUAAGCUUCUACGAGUUCCGCAGAAGGAGGAUAGUGGGUUCGCAUCUUUGACCGCAGCGGAUAUUGUGUUGAAUUCCGAGGUUGAUCCUGGCGCAUCUUUGGAGUCAUCCCAAACCCUCUCCUCUCCGAGUACCAGAGAGAGCUCGCCUGAACCUUUGUCAGCCACUGCUCUGGAUGGACUCGACGCUUCCACGCCUACUCUCGCGACAGAUCACAAGUUUAGCCAGGCCGAGCGAUUAGGGAUGCAUUUGGACCCCGCCUCCUCAUCUAGCCUCAGCGUACAUGAGGUCGCAUCCCAACGCGAGAAACCGGGCGUCAUCACGCCCAGUCGCCAUGACACCCAACCACCUGAUCCCCAGACGAGUCCCACCAAGUCCAAAAUCAAGCCGAUGCCCCCGAAGGCAAGACGUUGGCGCGGCAGACGCGCCACGGGCGACGAAGACAGCAUCCCCAACAUCACCGCAGAGAAGAUCACAGAAGAGAGCAUCAGCCCAGGGCAAAACAGUCCGAGCCCCCUUCAUCCAUCUACGCCUCUCGCGGCCACCCCGCAUCUUCUCCCGGAGACCGACCGACGAAACUCGACCACGACGUCUGGUCUUGUUCCGCCCUUACCACCAACCCACGCCCGUCGCUCUGCUUCGAACCCACCGCCGGCUGUACCGCCCCCAAGACGUUCGGUCGUCCACCACCUUUCCAGCCACUCUACCCCCGUCACCAGUCCCUCCAGAAUGCCACAGCAAUGCCCCAGCCACAAAUCCAUCCCGAAGCCAGAACCCCCGAAAGCUCGUCGCUGGGGGCGCGGGAGACACGCGCAGACGGACUCGGAAGAAUCGCGUCGCAGCCAGACCAGCAUCAGCAGCGUCCACAGCACUGCGUCCACACAGCACCGAGAGCAGUCUGCGGGAAUUCCUUCUACCAAUGAUACCGCUGUGAUCAGUGUUGAACAGGCAGUGCAAAAUGUCACCCUGCACUGA